AUUACGCCUGUUCUGCAGGCUACAGUUAGCACGGUUAGGUCGGUCAGCACGGUUAGGUAUGCUUGCGGUUAGUUUCACUCCAUUUUGCUUGUGGUUAGCUUUCAUUUGUAUGUUAGGGUAACUCUAUAUUAAUUUAAAGUACAGUUCAUUAUGUGUAAUUAAAAUUUUGGUGGUUCUAGGUAGUAGUAGUUAGCAGCACAGUGGACCAUCACCCGUUGGGUUCCUGGUGUACCAAACCUUUUCCGUCGCUGAACUUGGACCAGUCUCUCUCGUUCUGUACAUGAUGUGGAGGCUCCCAGCGGCGGGAAAACGAAGUUGAUCUAAAGAUGGCGGGGUUGGCGGAAUGUAAGCUCAGCAGAGAAGGGGACGAACUUCCACGGUGCUCAACGCUUUUUCUGACGGAGGAUGGGUCGCAAAUGAACUUCUACAUGACGCCUUGUGCAAUGAAGACCCGAUUACGACCGCUGAUACACCAUGGAGGAGGUCAUCUGUCCAGCAAGGUCUUGACAGACUCCAUAAAGCUUGCAACCCCUGGUGCUGGCAACAACCUGUGUGGCUAUAUUUCUUCUGACUAUAUCUUUGAUAGCAUAAAACAUAAUAGACUGCAAGAUUUGGAAAAAUACAGUAUGAAGUCCUUGGAUGCAAGUGCACAUGUAACAAGUUCAAAAAGCGACAGAAGGAGGAAACAUGAAAGACGUAGAUACACUGUUCAAGAGGAUUUGGUUCUCAUUAAGUUUGUAAAAGAACAUGUUAACUGCUGUCCAAUGAAAGGAAACAUUUUAUAUAAGAAGGCUGAGAAGGCAAAGAUUACAAGUCACUCAUGGCAGUCCAUGAGGAAGCGCUAUCUCAAAUAUUUACAGAACAAGGAACACGCUGAUCUUUACAUUAGAACAGGGACUCUGAAAAGUUUUGUUGGAGAGAAGAAAAAAGUCAGGAGAGAAGAAACUGAUAAUCCGUCUACACAUAAUACGACAGUGGACAAAGGUACAUGUAUAUAUAUGUUAGGUCAGGGUCUGAAAUUGCGCUUUCCUGGUUGUCAAUNUUAUUUAUAUGAAAUGUCAAAAAGACAACUGUACUGGAGAGCAGAUAACAAGCACCUGGACUGGGCACACACUCAACAAGUGUAUUUUGUCUUCAUUAUCAUAGGCCAGGAAUGGAUACCUAGGGGUGAGACAUCAAGAGCAAAGCCUAAAAUUGGUGAUAAAGACAAACAUGUGGCAACAGAUGAUACAGAGGAUACAAAUGCAGAUUACUUACCAGAUGAAGCAAGGGCUGACAAUACAGAUGAUGAAAACAGUGCUGCUGAAGAUGUGGAUUAUGAUAAAAUAUUUGAUGACAAUCUUCUUAAACAAGCUUACGAGUAUAAGAAAAAAAGAGAUAGCAGUGAGGUGAAAAAUGAUGUAGCUGAGGAUCAAGAUGUAGAUGUAGAUAGCAGGGUCUCGUCAAGCCAGGAAAUGGUCAACAGGGCAAUAACGAGAAAUGGGAAGCGACCAGUGAAUGAGGAAGAAAAACUGAGUGACUUUGAUGGUGAGAUUGUUUUCAGAAAGGAUUUUAAAAGUCCAUCAGCAAAAAAGUCCAACUCAGAAGACGAGGAAGACAACAAGAAGCCCAUGGCCAAGAGAAGCAAAAGAGACUUGGAGUCUUUAUCAGAUGAUGAGAAUCCCUCUGAAAAGGAGAAAAAACUGCAAGAGGCAUUUUUCAAAUUUUACAAUGCAUUUCAAAGUAACCUCCAGAAGCUGGAUGGGCUUACAGUACCACAGAUCAUCCAUGCUUUGCUUGUUACCUCUGGAUAUUUAGACGAUGCAGAAGAUUAUUCCCAAAAUGGAAAAGGUAAAGAACAAUGGACAUCAAAGGAAGACAAGAUUUUGCUGAGUAAAAACAAGGAUGACAUUUCCAGGCUUACCAAGAAGAGGGGUUUAAAUGCUGUUAUUGACAGGAUGAACUUCAUGGAAGGCAUCAAUUAAAUGUCACCACCCACUGCAUUGCCAGUUGGGUUUCAUUGACAACAGACAGUUGUGUUUUACAUAAUCAACAGCACCCUGAAAGUUGUUAAGUUAAACUAAAUUUCAAAACUACGUCUCAAACUUUAGAGUGUGAUGAUUUUUUGAGGCGGAUGCUGUGCAUUUUUGUCCAAUCAAAUAGGUGUUUUUUGGCCUGGACUCAUAAUACAGGUUUCAUAGUUUCAGUUGGUUUUUAGUCACUAUAAACUAAGAACAAGAGGAUAUAGUGUUUCAGGAUACCUACUGUUCUUUCCUACUGAGCUAUAAAAUUGUCACAUAAGUGCACAUUUCAAAAGGCUUUACAAAUUUGGACUGAUCUGGCUGACUGUUCACUGAAAGUAACCAUGGCUAUAAGUUAAAAAGCCUGUCUCGUUUUUAAAAAUUGGAUACUCUUCAUACCAUGAAGUCCACAUAAUAAGUCCUAAAUCAACAUAAUUUGUAAGCUUGUGGAUUCUAUUUUGCUGGGAGGGGUGGUAUAAUCAGAGGGAUCAGGGGGUUAUUAUCAUAAUUUCAUGACAUUUUAAUUCCUCAGUAGCAAAUGUAAAGCUUGAAGGAAAUAAUCUACAUUUGCAGAGCCUAUGCAAAAAUGCAUCAAAGCAAGAUUGCCAACAAUCAUGACACUACAAACUACCACAAUUUCUAAAAGAAAGAUGAUGUAGCAUAGUAUAGGAGUUGCCUUUCCAUUCAAACAAGUAUCUUGAGGUAACCACAACGACACUUUUAAUAGUUUCAGGUGAAAGAUGAAAAUAUGUGUUCACAUUAUUUAAAUAAAACUUCAAACCUUUCAACAUUGAAAACUUGAAUAUUUAUUUCUGUUUAUUUUUAACUGAAAAAACUCUAUGGAUAUCUACAUUUUUACAAAAUUAGUGUAUUAGAAAAUACAAGUAAGAAUUUAUGUUAAUAUUGUAUAGAAAUUCUAAACAAAAAGGGAGAUUGUUGACAUCUCUUCCAUAUGUGAUGGAAAACUAUGACAAGUUUUUACAA